AUGGGUCUCACACGCGCCACCCUCUUCCUAGCUGUCUCCCUAACUCUUGCAGCAUUUUCCACUGCUCAAAUGAUGAUGCCACCGGCUACUGCCCCAACCGGUUCCAUGUCGAUGCCACCCUCAACCCCUUCAACUCCUUCAACACCGCCACCUGUCAGUGCCACGCCGCCGAGUACCAUGGCAAGCCCACCAACAAUGAUGGCAAGCCCACCAACAAUGAUGGCGAGCCCACCAACUAUGAUGGCCAGCCCACCAACUAUGAUGGCAAGCCCACCAACAAUGAUGGCAAGCCCACCGACCAUGGGUAGCUCACCUACGGAAAGCCCAGUUGAGACACCGCCGGGCCCAAUGACACCUAUGGGGUCACCGGCAGCUGGCCCGGGACCUGACAGUGGGAGCGAGUCACCAGUGGAAUCGACGCCGGCCGGUGGCAGCGCGUGCGUUAAGGGAAGUAAGAUGGGUAUGAUGGUAAUUUUGGGAGGAGUAGCAGCAGUACUUCUUUUCUAA